AUGCGGCUCUUCCAUCGACAUCGAAACAAGCAGAAGAACCCGCCUCAACCUAUCCAAGAAGACCUGCUUUCACCCUUCGACUCACCAGCACCUUCGCCUCCCAUUCGGAAUUUCUCAUACCCAACCGCGGCCUUACGACCACCGUCGGGACCCUCCAUCUCUUCAUCCGCACAGCUGGGUAUUCACCUACCUCCUGCCGGUUUUGGAGAAGCACGAACAUCCACAACUAGUGGCCUCAUCGAGCCCCCGUUCUACUGGGCGUCAUCGUACAGACCCAUACGGGAGGAAGAAAUCGAACCCUCGACAGAUUCGCAGUCUUUCAUUUCCGAUACUGCUCGGGCUGUCUUUGAAAGCUCACCUAAGAAGGCGUCUCCUCAGAAGCGCGCUUUUGUUCUCGGUCACAAGUUCGCCAAGUCAGUCGAUCUUGCAUCCACCCACCUACGCCCGCCGAGCCCACUUCGCCCGGCAUCUAGCUCAGGAAUAGCAACAGUCGACACGCGAACUGCCCCUCAUAGGAUAGGGCUAGCGAUAGACGAAGAAGAUAACCAUCCAGGAACUUUGCUCGAUCUCUCAGACGACGAGAUGGGUCUCAGACGCAGAAUCUCGGAGAUGGACUUGAGGAUGUCCCCUCCGAAACGCAUGUUCUCCGACCAUUCUCAGACAUCAGAGUACAGCGCUUCUACAGUUAGUGUCAGUGGAAGCCCUACAAAGAAGAGACGAAGUGGUAAGACCAAACCCAAAGACGGCAAGCAUCAUUGGGUGAGCCAGCUCAAAGACUGGUUCAGUACUGGCGAGCCGUCCUCUCAAGACUGGAAACAGCUCAAGAAACAAGAGUACCACAAACAUGGGAUCGCGAUGAAUGACCCAGAUGCCAGCGCAAAGCUGCACGCUCCUAUUGGAGCAAUUCCCGAAGAGGCCAUCAAGCCUUCCAGCGGGCCUGAUCCCGAGACGAUUGCCAAGAAGAAGUUUGCCAAUCGAAAGCAGGUUCGCCAAGCAUAUGGCGGUUGCGAGAGAAUCUCCGGCUCUGUUUCAUCUGAGUCUUCGGCGGGUAGCAGGGAGGUCAAUCCUAUUGCCCCAUGGGCAUAG